AUGCGUGAGGUAGUACAUUAUCACCCGGACGCCCAUUACCUACCACACCAUUGUGUGUUCAAAGAUAGUACUACUACAAAAUUGAGAGUAGUCUUUAACGCAUCUCAAAAAACGGCAAAUAAGAAAAGUUUAAACGAUCAAUUUCCAAUUGGUGCCAUUGAUCAAAAUGAUCUGACCACAAUAAUUCUCCGUUGGCGUCGCCAUAAAAUUGCCUUCACGGCCGACGUAGAAAAAAUUUACAGACAAAUUCGCGUCGAUGAAUCUCAAACUCACCUCCAAAGAAUUUUGUGGAGAGAAUCACCGGAUCAACCAAUCAAAGAAUUUGAACUCAGCACUGUAACAUACGGUACUGCAGUUGCACCAUUUUUGGCAACACGCACAUUAAAGCAACUUUCGAUCGACGGUUCCAAUGAAUUUCCAAUAGCGUCUCCUGUACUAAGGGAGGACUGCUACAUGGAUGAUGUGUUAUCAGGCGCAGAUAGCGUCGAAGAAGCAGCAAUGCUAUCCGAGCAAUUGACCGAUUUAAUGAAAUCAGGUCAAUUUCGUCUGCGAAAGUGGUCCAGCAAUUCACAUGAAUUAUUGAAUCAUAUUCCGAAAGAAGAGCGGGAAAUAAAUUCCAUUAACGGUAUAACGAAAACGCUUGGUAUUUGUUGGUCGACAGACAGCGACGAGCUCGCAAUCAACGUAUCGUUAGAUUUGGAUGCUGUACCUCGCACUAAACGACAGCUCACGUCUGAAAUUGCCUCGCUCUAUGACCCGUUGGGCUAUAUUGGGCUACAAGAGUUUGUUGACGAGUGGCAAAAAGUUAAAGCAGAAAUGAAAUUCAUCGCCGAUUUGCGAAUUCCACGCUGGGUGAAUUGUAGCCGGUCAGACACCAUCGAAAUGCAUGGAUUUUCCGAUGCAGCCGAGGCCGGAUAUGCAGCGGCAAUUUAUAUUGUCAAUCGUACACGGUACACAGCGCAUUUGUUGGUUGCAAAUGCCCGUGUAUCUCCAAUAAAAGAAGACAAAAACAAUGAAAAUGGUACAAUUCCGCGUCUUGAACUUUGUGGUGCACUACUCUUGGCACAAAUGACGGAAAAAAUGAUUAAAAUUUUGGACAUCAACUUCAGUCGAAUCUGCUUGUGGUCCGAUUCGAGAAUCGUUCUCGAUUGGAUCCACGCCAAUCCAAAGAGAUAUAAAACAUUUAUUGGGUCAAGAAUUGCAAAAAUCAAUAAGCUCGUUGAAAAAGAUUGGUGGUCACAUGUACGUUCCGAGGACAAUGCGGCUGAUUGUGCAUCGCGUGGAAUCUCACCAGCGGAAUUAAGCACACACUCAUUGUGGUGGAACGGUCCGAGUUUUCUUGUGAAUGCGGCUCUGGAACCACCGCGAUAUAAACCAAAACUCGAAUUGCCAGUUCUCGAGGCUGCUGUUAAUGUGUCCAAAUUGGAUGAAAAAGAAAAAUUUACGCUGCCCGAGUCAUCAACAUAUGAAAAAUUGAAACGAGUAAUUGCUCUUUGUCAACGUUUCUCGUUCAAUAGCAAACCCAAAAAUAAAAACAAACGAACUGGCAUAUUAACUGCUGACGAGCUCGAAUGUGCUGAAGCGGCAAUUAUAAAAAAUGUGCAACAAGAAAGUUUCGCCGAGGAAAUCAAAAUGUUGGGCACAGGGGGUGAACUCAAAAAUACUAACGCAUUGUUGAAACUGUCACCAUUUUUGGACAGCAAACAAGUAUUGCGAGUUGGCGGUCGCUUGAAAAACGCUGACCUACCCUACGAAGCGAUACAUCAAAUGCUAUUGCCAUCGAAACAUGCUGUAACAGCAUUAAUAAUAAAAAGCGUACACUUGAACUGUUUACAUGGUGCACCCAAGCUAACUGAAGCAGUAUUGCGACAAAAAUUUUGGGUGCUAAAUAGCCAACGCACAAUAAAGGCGAUAAUUCACAAGUGUGUUGAUUGUUUUAAAGCAGCACCAAAAACAAUGCAUCAAUUUAUGGCUGACUUGCCAGAAAAACGUGUAAAUAUUUCCGAAAAACCAUUCAUUAACACAGCUGUCGAUUAUACUGGCGCGAUUCAAGUCAAAUUGAUGAACGGUCGUGCGUACAAAACAAAGAAGGCAUACAUUGCUAUCUUCGUAUGCAUGUCAACGAAGGCGAUUCAUGUCGAAGUAGUCACGGACAUGACUGCUGAAGCAUUUAUUGCCGCGUAUCGUCGCUUCGUCUCUAGACGUGGUAUAGUGAAAAAUCUUUACAGCGACAACGGUACAAACUUUGUUAAAUCAAAUAAAAUCUUGUGCGAAAAUAUGAAUGAUCUUGAGGACAAAUACGACGAGGCGGUUUGUAAAGAGUUGGCAAAAAGCGGCACGAAAUGGCAUUUCUCGCCUCCGGGGGCUCCUCAUAUGAAUGGUUUAGAAGAAUCAGCUGUUAAAUCCGUCAAAUUACAUUUGAAGCGAACAAUCGCAGAUAACAAACUUACGUUUGAGGAGUUAAGUACUUUAUUGGCGCAAAUUGAGGCAUGUGUUAAUUCACGACCAAUGGGGGCACGGAUUACCGUGUUCCAAGCG